AUGAUAGAGGUUAUCAAAAGUUAUAUACAACUUAAUUCCAUAGAAAUAUUACUUUUAACAUUAAACGUAGCGGUAUUUGUGAUCGGAAUCAUUGGUAACUUUUUAGUAUGUUAUGUAGUAUAUAAAUGUAAAGCCUUACAUUCUGUGACGAACUUCUUUAUUGUUAAUUUGGCUGUUGCGGAUUUUGUGGUAUUGUUGAUAUGUUUGCCUCCAACUAUUGUACAGACUAUGUUUGAAACCUGGUUUUUUGGAGAGUUUAUGUGUAAAAUUAUACAUGGAUUACAGACCAUAUCAUUCUGUACAUCAGUUCUGACAUUAUGUGCUAUCAGCAUAGAAAGAUAUUUUGGAAUAUGCCGACCAAUGACACCAAAGAUGUCCAAAAGAAAGUUUAUAUUGAUUUUAGCCGUUAUAUGGAUCGUUGCUGUAUUGGUAGCGUUACCCAGCUUGAUUGUGAUGCGUUUAAAGAUUCAUUUUCCUGAUAUACCUGAAUAUUUGAGUGUUUGUUACAGAAGUUGGAGCAUGGACACAGACAUAGUCUAUAACACCACUUUAUUAUUCAGCCUCUAUUUCUUACCAAUAUGUAUACUUGGUAUUUGUUAUACAGUCAUAUCUAUAAAUCUUUGGAAAUCGCGGAUUCCUGGAACAGGUGAGGCAUUGUCAAAUUCAAAAUCUGUGCUUGUUAAUGUCUUUAUAGGUACCUGUGAUGUUGCCGGAAAUCAACUUCAGUCCAGAAAGAAUGUAGCGAAGAUGCUAAUGGCGAUAGUGAUAUUGUUCAUAAUUUGUUAUUUACCAUUUAAUCUGUUGCAUGUGAAAUGUAAAUAUUUUAGGCUCUUGGAUAUGUUGGAUAACCAAAGUUAUAUAAGAGUUAUAUGGUUGAUAGCUCAAUGGUUAUGUUAUUUUAAUAGUGCUAUGAAUCCAGUUAUAUAUAACUUUAUGAGCGCACGAUUCAGAAGAGAAUUCCAAAUUGCCUGUUGCUGUUUGAAAGAAGACGAGUCUAUUUACGAUAGAAAUCGACACACACGUACUUUUCGAACCGAAAUGUGA